GCCUCUUGCCUUGGCGGUGAGGCCCCAGCCCACUGCACUCCUGGACGACACAGAGGUGGCAGCAGCAGCAGCAGCAGCAGCAGCACCUGGGCCAUGGCAGAGGACGGGCCGAAGCAGCCGCAGCUCAGCAUGCCGCUGGUCCUGGACCAGGACCUGACCAAGCAGAUGCGGCUGCGCGUGGAGACCCUGAAGCAGCGCGGGGAGAAGCGCCAGGACGGCGAGAAGCUGCUGCGGCCGGCCGAGUCCGUGUACCGCCUCGACUUCAUCCAGCAGCAGAAGCUGCAGUUCGACCGCUGGGACGUCGUGCUGGACAAGCCAGGCAAGGUCACCAUCACGGGCACCUCCCAGAACUGGACGCCUGACCUCACCAACCUCAUGACGCGCCAGCUGCUGGACCCUGCCGCCAUCUUCUGGCGCAAGGAGGACUCGGACGCCAUGGACUGGAACGAGGCCGACGCCCUGGAGUUCGGGGAGCGCCUGUCCGACCUGGCCAAGAUCCGCAAGGUCAUGUACUUCCUCAUCACCUUCAGCGAGGGCCUGGAGCCCGCCAACCUCAAGGCCUCCGUGGUCUUUAACCAGCUCUGAUGGCGGCUGCUCCCUGCUGCCCCCUCCUCCGCCCCUCUGUCCCGUCCCCUGCCCACGAGCCCUGCCCCUGUCCAUGUGUUUGGGGACAUUUUUCUUGUUUCCGUCCUGUACUCAGCUUGGCCAGAAUCCCCCAAGCCUGUGUCCCUCCUGCGCUCCUCUCCCUGGUGCUGGUGCUCCUGCUUAGGGAGGAAGAAGCAAAGGCUCCGUAGGCUAGAAGCUGGACUGGCUGCCGCUGCUUUCGCUGUAGACCACAGAGGCCAAGUCGGGCUCACGCAGGGAAGUGGAGGGUCCACAGGCAUCCGCCUCCUCUGUGCCUCCGUGUUGGGAGAGAGAGACUGAGGGAGACCAAGGGAGAAGCAGACAAGAGAGAGAGAGAGAGAGAGAGAUGUCCAAAGAACCAGCCAUCGGGCUUCCUCUGGGGAUGAGGAGAUGGAGGCAGCGGGGCAGCCUCCGUGGGGAAGCCAGCAAACAGGCAUUGACCGCCUGUCCGGCCACAUCAGGAAGGUGCUGCUCCUGGACGGGCCUGGUAUGGUCCCACGAUGCCUUGGGGGCCCUCAGGACAGUGGGCAGGGUGGCUGUGGGUGUCGGUUUGGGCGGUGAGGAGUGGCUGACACGUUGGAGGCCAUGCAGCCAUCUCUUGCUCUUCUGAGAAUUACUGCAGGAGGAGAGAGGUGAAUGGGACGUGGCAAAGUCACACAGAUACAUGUACAUGUGCACUGAGAGAGAACACGCUGUAUUCACAUGGAUACAUUCUGGAGUCUGUACCUGCCCUGCAGACAAACCUGAUUUUAGGUGAUCUGCUACAUAACUGCCCAGCUGGUUCAUGAGCGGCCCGUUGCGGGGGCUUGGUCAGGAUGACCUUGGGGAGGGGCUUCCUGAGCUGGGAGGCCCUGAGGCCCGUUCAGGGACGGGAACAGUGCGGCACAGGGGCUCCCCUCUGCCGGGGGUGGGGGGCUGGAUGGAGCGGUCCAAGCCCUGGAGCCGGAACAGGAGGUCCUCUGGGGCCUCAGGUGUCCCAUCUGCUGUGGCAUCUCUGGUGUGGAUGGAGGCCGUAGGGUGGCCUGGCGGGGCAGUUGUGGUGGCUGAUGGUCAGAAGUGGGCUGGAGGUGGCAGCGUGCUGUGAGGGGCAGCCCCUGGGCACAGCCCGCCCACCAAUCAGGGAGGCUGUGACCCGGUUAUAGCAGACGCAGCUCUGGCCCCAAGCCUCAUCCUCCUUCACACUGCACAGACCCAGCGAGCCCCCUUGGAAGGAGGGGCCGACCUGCCUGGCGUCUGCUGAGGACCCCUCAGGAAGUGCCCCCAGCACCCCAUCUCAAGGCCAGCCCUGGUUUUUGGCGGGGGCGUGUCCAUGACCUUUCCCUCAUGAAACAAAGCCAUCCGGGGCCUCAGGGCCCUGGGAACAGAUGCACUGACAGUUGGAGGGCUGGAGCCUCCCCCGCUGGCCGAGGCAGCUGGGAGGGCAGGUGCCCACUUUGGAGGCGUGCAGACAGGAGCGAGUGUGGGGGUCUGGGUUCUUUAGGUGGGAGAUUGGCUGUGGUGUGAGCAACGGUCCUCUCUAACUCGCAGCUCUGGCCUCUUCCAGGCGUUCUCACAGCUCCGGCAUUGCCUGCCUGGCUUCUCCACUGGCUUUCUGAGGAGGCCAGGCCCUCCGCCUCUUUGCUUGACCUCUCCCUGCAGCUCUAGGGACCCUCUCUUGCAGACUGGCUGCCCCGUGCCGUGUGAGUGCCUCUGCCGUGCCCACUGUGUGGCCCCAAUAAAGUCUGUGCCCUUCCC